AGUGAAAGUUGCUGAUUUCAGUUUGUAGGCAAGAAGUAAAUAGGUUUUGUUUCACUUUGAAGGCGCAAGAACUAAAACUUUUAAAUCGUUAUACGUUUAAAACUGAAGCGCAUUGUUGGUAUGAAAACAGGACGAGAUACGUUUCGUUUACAGAAGAUAAAGUAAAACUAGUAGCGACAAUUAAACCGUGCAUGUUAAACCCUAUAGGGACAAUCGAGAUUCUCAGGGUUUUUAUAUCAAGCUAGAUUACUGUUUUCCGUUUGGUCAGGAUAUUACUUGAGUAUACAACUGUGGAAAGAUUGUCUAGUGUUUGUUGCUGUUAGCAAUAAGGCGAUACUGGCACCUGCUUUUUCACAGUAAGACUUAGGCUUAGGAAUUUACAGUCUGUCCUCCCCAAAUCCCGGGUUUCUUAGGUUCGGGAUUUUGUCGAACGUUGCUGGUUCCUUUGUGUCUAAACCGAAACUCAAAGUGUUUAUGUGAGAAUGACAGCGGAUGAGAUGGUUAUUGAUGAGACGUCGGCCGUUUGCAAUGGACCUGAUAACGAGAAUGGUCUCUCUGGGGUCCCCAAUGAAGCGGCUUUGGUUGCUCUUAUGAAGAGGACGGGGUAUUCUAUCACCCAGGAAAACGGCCAGAGGAAAUAUGGGGGUCCUCCUCCGGGGUGGGAGAACAAACCGCCACCAAGGGGCGCUGAAGUGUUCGUGGGGAAAAUCCCUCGUGACGUAUUCGAGGACGAGUUGGUGCCGGUGUUUGAAACAGCCGGAAGGAUCUAUGAGAUGAGACUCAUGAUGGAUUUUGAUGGAAAGAACCGAGGAUACGCCUUCGUGAUGUUUACAGCUAAGUCGGACGCUAAAGGUGCUGUGAAAAAGUUGAACAAUUAUGAAAUACGAAAGGGGCGUAUGCUGGGCGUGUGUUACAGUGUAGAUAACUGCCGUCUCUUCGUGGGUGGAAUCCCUAAGACGAAAAAGAAAGACGAUAUCUUCGCUGAAAUGACAAAAGUCACGGAAGGUGUUACUGAUGUAAUAGUUUACCCAAGUGCUUCGGACAAAACUAAGAAUCGUGGCUUCGCUUUUGUGGAGUAUGACAGCCACAGAGCAGCCGCCAUGGCUCGAAGAAAGCUUAUUCCUGGCCGAAUACAACUAUGGGGACACCCGAUAGCUGUAGACUGGGCUGAGCCAGAGCAAGACGUUGAUGAUGAAAUUAUGGGGCAAGUGAAAGUACUUUAUGUCAGGAACCUUAUGCUGGAUACGACUGAGGACACGCUACAGAAUGUGUUCAGUCAAUUCAAACCUGGCUCCGUUGAACGAGUGAAAAAGAUAAGAGAUUACGCAUUCGUUCAUUUCAGCACACGUGAAGCUUGUAUUGAAGCGAUGGAGAAAAUUAACGGGACCCACAUAGACCAAGCCGAAGUAGAAGUUACUCUGGCUAAACCGGUGGACAAAAGUGAUUACAACAGAAUGGCAAAAGUUGGGGCAAAAGUUUUGAACGGGACAGAAACGAGCACGCCCACACAAUCCCUGGUCCAGGCACCUACAGUCGUUAAUCAGAACGGAAUGCUGGUUUACCCUGCUGGCGUGUACGGCAAUGACAUCGCGUACUAUUCACUUGGCCAGUACAACCUCGCAACGGGUGCACGUCCAAUAUACCCGACCAGAGGCGGACUAAGGACCGACCGGGGGCGAGGCGCAGCUGGAACACGAGCACCAAGCGGAAGAAACAGUUAUUUAGGCUACAGCGCUGGCAAAGCAACGUACGGACGAUAUUAUUCCAAAAACAACCAGGAAAGGCCUGUAGCUGCUGACACCGCGGGUCUUGAACUCAUUACUCAACAGAGUGUUUUGAACGGUCAGGCGGUUAUACCAGUUACCGGUACCGAGCAAAACAUCGGUACUAUAUACAAACCCAGCACCGUACCUCAUAUGCCCGGUCAGGCAGCUGCGGGUCAACAGAUCGCCACGUAUGCAUCCCAAGUCGCUCAGGUGGCGACGAUCCCCCAGGUCGUGCCAACCAUGGUUAAAUCAUCUGACAUUAUCCUUGAAGAAAUUUGCCAAAGACAAAUGUGGGGUUCACCUUCAUACCAACUGCUCACAACCACGGGAGGAGAUGGCAGACAGUUAUUCUUGUACAAGGUAUCAAUACCGGCGCUGGCAAGCAUCUUUCCCACACAACCCUACUUUCAGCCAAACAAAUUGUGUGUUACGGUGGAAGAAGCGAAAAGCUACGCCGCUGAAUACGUGUUAUCUCAACUUGCGUUGCAAGCAGACGGAACACCUGCUGUAGUACCGAUGGCUACUGUAUUCCAACAACCAAGCGCCCCUGCAGCCCCCUACCCGGGCUUAUUCGCGCAGCCUCAGAUCCAACUACGUUCGAGUCCCACCUCACCCGUUACCCACCAGCCCACGUAUGUACCAGUCACCACUCCAUCGCCUACUAUCCCUAUGGGUUUUAUGGAUCCAAACAUAAUGCAACCUAUCACUGUAAUGUACCAGUGACGUCACCUCAGAACACGUCAUCAACUUGGCGAGGAUCAUUAGCGUACAAGCUCGCCAGGUUCCUUAUUUGGUUCGAAUAGAUUCGAAACUUUCUUUUAUUCUUCACGUUUCUCGAAUAGCGGUGAUUGCUGGACACUACACCGUUUCAGUGCUAUUAUUGUGAUGUCAUAGUUUGCUGCGCUCGUGCAUUUGUUCCAGUUUAUUGUUAUGCCAAUGCUUCGUCAUUCGCGAACAUAUUUUUUAUAUUCUGUAUACAUUAUAUACGCGUUUUCAGGAGAGUGCCGACAGACCUAUUGCGCUAUCCACGUUAAAAUGAAAAAAAAACAUAAACGUUUUACUUGACAAUUUGUCGCAUUUUUUUCAUUUUUAUCGCUUUUUUUAAGUUGCUAAAUCGCGGAGUUAACUGUAACAACAUAUUUCGUAAAACGUUCCUCAAAACCACACAUUUCCAGCAAACGCAUUUUACAACAGAACUUUCGUUUCAACAUAAAUCUUAAAAUACAGCUGCUGCUUGUACUCUCUCUUUAUAUAUACGGCCCUUUGAAUACAGUAUCUACUACAAAAAGCACCUUUAUUAAUGACGUAACAUGUGACACAAAGCUGUUACGUUAACCUAAUGUGGUACAACCAGGAAAAAUGUCCAACUGGCUGUAUCGUUUCCUAAUGUUUUUCUGUCAGCACUUGGUGUUAUAUUUUUUAAGUCGAACUUUUAAGUAUUUGGUCCUUUCAUAGUAACGUUUAAACUUGUGCCUAAUGUGUGAUGCAAAGUAAAAGUGAAUGAAGUGCCCUUUAAAGCGAACUUUACACGUAUUUUUCACCCUUUUUCGCCUUUUUGGCACAUAUAGUUACGUCCAGCCUAUAUAUAGAACGUGAUAAGACAUCACAUAUUCACGCUUUGCUUUUUCGUUGUCACUUUCACAGUCACGUGCCGGCAAUACAACAUGUAGUGCAAUGCA